AAAGAUAAAAAAACCCGAAGCAGCGAUAUCCACAAACACCGCGACGCACCACUGGAAUGCAGCCAUGAUCACCUCCUCCCUCCUCCCCCUCCGUUCCUUCUCCCUCCACCCCACCACCACCGCCGGAGCCGCCUACCGCUCCCCUCCGACCACCACCGUCCCCUUUCCAAGAAUCACUCUUGGCCGCCCCCGCCGCCGCCUGGCCGCCUCCGCGACCGAGAGCAGCAGCAGCAGCGAGGAAGAAGCGGCCGGGAGCACGAACGGGUCCCUCCCGGGCCUUCCCCCCGUGGAGGAGGACGAUGACGAGUUCUGCCCGGUAGACUGCGUGACGGAGUUCAAGACGGACGAGGAGUUCCGACGGCACCUGGAUCGGUCCAAGGUCACGGGCGCGCUGGUGGUGGUGGACUUCUACCGGCCGUCGUGCGGCAGCUGCAAGUACAUCGAGAAGCGCUUCAUGCGCCUCUGCAAGGGCUCCGGCGACGACGGCGCCCCCGUCGUCUUCCUCAAGCACAACGUGAUCGACGAGUACGACGAGAAGUCGGAGGUGGCGGACCGGCUGCGCAUCAAGGUCGUGCCGCUGUUCCACUUCUACAAGGACGGCGAGCUGGUGGAGUCGUUCGCGACGAGGGACAAGGAGAGGAUCAUCGCCGCCAUCCGGAAGUACACCUCGCGUGAGCCUGAGACGACCGAAGAAGAGGUGCAGGAGUGAUAUUCCACUGGGCGGGCACCAAUUUCCUCGAGAGUGCAGAUACUUCUUGUAUGGAGAUACACCAGGAUUAUUUGGAGUUCUGGUCCGUGCAUUUCUGAGAUUUCAGCUAUACCAGACAUUAUCUGUAAUACCAGACAUGUAUAAUAUCUGAAUCAACAAGCAUCACUGCAGCCACACUACCGUAGCGUAGACAUUCAAUGGAAUCUGACGCACUCUGCAAGACGCGACUCUGGUUAUUGUCAUCCCUCCGUCAGAUACAGUAGCUAAACCAUCUACGAGCUGUAAAACAGAUUCUUUGCAGUAUGAUUCGAACUGCUUCAAAUAUUAAAAUCCUCGGCAUUGAAUUA